AUGGGUAGAAAAUGCGAUCUUUCACCACGUAAAAAAGCUGAAGUGAAGGCCCAUGUGAUUGCGAAAACAUUUACAAACCGAGAAAUAUCACGAAGAUUGAAGGUUUCUGAAUGUAGUGUACGACGCAUAAAAAAGAAAAUUGAGUCAGGGGAGGAAUUAAGCCCGAAAAGAAAGAAAAGAUGCGGUAGAAAACCAAUUUUCACUCCACGGUCAGAGAGAUGUUUGAAGAAAAUUUGUCUACAAAACAGAUUUGCUACCACAAAGGUAACAAAAUCACAACUCCAGGAUGCUAGCGUAAAUGCUUCUGAGCGCACUGUUCGAAGAAAAUUGAAAGAAUUAGAUUUCAAGGCUUGUCGCCCCGCCAGGAAGCCCAAGUUAACAGCUGCAAUGAAAGCAAAGCGCCUGAAGUGGGCCAAACAAUGGCAAGACAAAGAUGUGGACUUCUGGAGAUCGGUCUGCUUCAGUGACGAAAGCACAUUCGAAAUUUUACAAAAUAAAGCUCAGUAUGUGCGUCGUCGUCAUGGAGAAAAGUUUCAUCCUGAUUGUGUCGUCCCGACGGUUAAAUAUCCCACCAAAGUGAUGAUUUGGUCAGCCAUCAGCGGCAAGGGCACUGGACGUCUGUACGUCGUCAAAGGAAUAAUGAGGCAAGAUCAGUAUAAAGAAGUACUGGAAAAUCGGUUGAUUCCGCAGCUCAGAGAAUGGUUUCCAAAUGGGGAACCAUUCACUUUCAUGCAAGAUGGAGCUCCCUGCCACACUGCUCGGUCUGUUAAAGCUUUUUUUGGCAGAAAAAAAUAUCCCUCUGUUGGAUUGGCCCGGUAA